AGAACUGUGGCAAGUUCUCCAAGAUGCUUGCAACGACAUCCAUGUGUACCUAGGAGAAUUGGUGUUGUUUUAAAGCAGAGGGUGGUCACACCAAAUAUUGUUUUGAAUUAGGUUUUUUUAUUACUGCAGUUUGUGUGAAGUUAAUGAAUAAAAACAAUCCAUGCCACUAUUUAGUACUUUCAGUGCUUAAAACCCUUGCUCCGUAUGUUUAGACAUAAAAGCUGUUAUUUUGUGACAAAGAUCCUCAUCUCCCUCUUUCCUCCCUGCACCUGCUGGUUCCUCCACUGAGGCUGAUGUCGGCCUGUAUGUGGCAGGUGGCCCAGGAGCGAAAUGUAGACCAGUAUGACAAACUGGCCAAAUUCAUGACAUUGGUGACAGAGAUGGUCCCAGAGCUUCUGAACUACAAACAGAGGACUCAGCUGAUCCUGGGACUGAGAGCUCGGCUCAUCCUUGAAUCGUUAAAGACGAUGGAUGAGGUUGACUGUACAGCUAUCCAGGAUCAUCUUAAUAGUUUCCAACUGUGGACAACAACCUGCAUCUACGAAGAGGACCAAGAUGCAGAGGUGGAGAUUUCAAAGUCAGCAUUUGUGCAGCUGGUUCAGACAUUACUUAGAGACCAAUCUCAAAAAGACAUUUUUUUCGAGGAAGUGUUCCCACUACAGUAUGGAGUUCAUUUUGACACAGCGCUGCAGAUCCUGGUCUGGGAGUUCUUCUACCGACUGGAAGAGUUUCUCCCAGUACCAAGUUUUUCACAGGUAUUCUCCAUGUUUGACCUUUCUUCCAACAACGACCAGCUUGAGCAGUUUGUUUCUGAUGAUGAAGAUCUGAGGAAGAUUUUGCAGCAUCAACAGGAACGGCAAAAGUUGACUAAAAGUGAAUUCACCUUCACGUCAGACACAAUCCUCUCCACACUUGCAUCUAAACAGACUUUAGGGGCUCCUGAAGGUGAUAUCGAUCAAAAAAUACAUUGGGGAGGUGCAGACGGCAAACAGGACACUAAGACACCACAGGGAAGACAUCGUGGAAAAUACGAAGAGGAGACGCUCAAGCAAGUAAACAGCUAUAGCAUAGAAGACGUGUGUGAGGAUGAUGAAGAGACUGACGACAGUUCCAUUGAAACUAAUCCACACUCUCAGCUGCAGGAGUAUGGACUGUCACCACUCACUUCCUCUCCAUGUUCUGAAGGAGAUGAUGCUGCAGAUGACAGAGAAACAGCUGGUGAAGCUGCCCUCCAGCCACCCAGAGGCAUAGUUAACUCAGUGGAAGGAGUGAAGCAACAUCUGGAACUGAGCAGAAAAGAGGAGCCAUCAGAAGCGAGCACAAUCCAGUUUUCGACAGGAGGCAGAGCCAAUGUCUCCCGUCCACUCAGCAGCAACUCCAUAAGAGCCAAUAAAAACACCUGCCUGGAGUGUGGAAAGACUUUUUCAUCUUGUUCCGCCUUGAAAAACCAUCGUUUUGUUCACACUUCGGCACGGCCAUUCAAGUGCACACAGUGCGACAAGACAUAUAAAAGCCGUAAAGACCUGAAUCAACAUGUCCUUAUUCACUCUAAACCUAAAGUCCUGUCCUUCGCUUGCAGUUUUUGUGAGAAGAGAUUUAGUUCUCAGGGUUUGCUUACAGUUCACCUGCGACAUCACACUGGAGAGAGGCCGUUUGCCUGUUCGUACUGUGAUAAGAGAUUCCUGACAAAUUCAGUCUUGAAGUCCCACGUGCGCAUCCACACUGGUGAGCGCCCAUAUGCCUGUACUUUAUGUGACAAGAAAUUUACACAGUUGUAUCCACGCACCGUGCACCUUAGGAUGCAUAUGAAAGAGAAGCCGUACCUGUGCAGCACAUGUGGUAUGUCUUUCUGUAGCUCUGGGGCCUUGCUAGUGCAUUCACGCAGUCACACAGGGGAGCGGCCUUAUCAGUGUGAAUCCUGCGGAAAAGGCUUUGCCACAGCUGUACAACUGACGCUACAUCGGAGAUCGCACACGGGGGAGAGGCCGUAUUCUUGCUCCCAAUGUGACAAAUCGUUCCACAGUAGUUCAGGACUGAAGAAACACAUGAGGACACACACGGGAGAGAAACCUCACCAGUGUUUAACAUGUCACAAGACUUUUUCCCAAAAAUCCAACAUGAAAAUACAUCUUAAAGUCCACAAGAACAUCUAGCAUACUGUUGAGGGCAUCUUAAGUGACCGAUGAAAGCCUGGUUCAUUUCUACGUUAGGAAUGCUGUUAAUUGGUGCAUCUUCAUAUCAGUUAAUCACUAAUAUGUGUAUAUAAAUAUGGAUUUGGGAUACUCAAAUAUUACAUGAUGAAAUGUAUGUAAAUGCACGUCAAGUUUUAGGGGACCAUUAUUAAAGAGCAAAAUGUUUAGGGUUAGCUUAGGGUUAAGACUUGAUUUUAGUAUUAUGUUUAGAGUUGAAGUUAAGGAGAGAGAUAGUGAGAUGUGUGAGAUGGUAACAGGCUUGUGCGUGAAUGUGUAGAAGUGUGUCAGAAAGGGUGACCGUAUGUAUUGUAAGAAUGUGGAUGAAUGGGUGUGUAUAUCUCAUUGUAAAUUAGUGACUUCCAAGGGUUCAAAUGAGUGAACAAAGAACAAAGAUUCCUGAAAAUAUAGUGAAAGUAACGCGCUUUAUUUGUGCCUUAUAUUACUUAAGAAAAACCCCUGUCCAUAGGGUUUGUCUAUGACUUUAAUAAAUGUGUGUACCAAAGAUUGUAAACAAUUUCUUUUAACUCUUAAUGGUUUACGGCACUUUGUUUUUUC